CACACACAAGCGACGCACACAGCUCUGCUGCCUGCACGUACACGCUGCAAAACAAAGAACGUGCGCAUGGCCCCGCCCAGGAGUGAUCACGUGACUGUGACGUCAUCAAAGGUCCUAUGCACACAGGACUGUGUACCUGACUGACCACAUGACUGUGACAUCAUCAAAGGUCCUAUAGCUGCUAGGAUGUAACCGCUGUGGAUAAGUUAGUGAUCAGGGGUCAUCAAGCAAGAAAAUAAUAAUAAUCCUACUGAGAAUGGACAGGAACAGAAAACAGAUGGCUGAGAAAAUAUUAAACCUUACCCUGGAGAUCAUCUACCUACUGACUGGAGAGGAUUACAUAGUAGUGAAGAAGACAAUGGAAGAGGCUGAAGGAAAGGGCAGGAACCAGGAUCCUAUCAUGGUGUCUCCACCUCAUUCACUGAUAUAUGAGAGAAACAGCUAUCAGGAGAUCCUAGACCUCAUCAGCAAGAUCACUGAGCUGCUGACUGGAGAGGUCCCUAUAAGGAGUCAGAAUGUCGCUGUCUAUUUCUCUAUGGAGGAGUGGGAGUAUGUAGAAGAACACAAGGAUCUGUAUAAGGACAUCAUGAAGCAGAAUCAACAGGCUCUCAAGUCACAAGAUGGAUACAAUCAGGAAGAAACACCAGAAAGAAGUCUUAGUCCUCUAUAUUCUGAGGACUAUCCGGUGGAAAAUCUGAAUAUCCCAAAAGAUUAUCAGGUUACAAAUCUGAGUGAUAUAAAAGAUGAAGACAUAAGAGAAGAAGAAGAGUUGUAUCCCAGGGCAAACCAACUGUGUAAGGAGGAGGAAAUUCUUACCAAUAUCAGCACUGAUGGCUCCAGUAAGAGAAAUCCACCAGAGACACAACCCAACCAAUUGCAUUCUCAGGAUUAUCCAGAGAAAAUUCUAAUAGUCAGACAUGAUUAUCAGGUUAAAAAUGUGUCUAAUAUCAAAGAUGAAGUUGUAGUAGAAGAAGAGACGUAUGUGGAUGUAACCCAGACAUGUAAGGAGGAGGGAAUCAUUUCCUCAGAUAUCGACGCCGAUGACUGCGCCGACGACUUUGUGUGCCAUCUCCUUUUAUCUCCAAAUUAUGAAGAAACACAUCACAGUAUCACAGAAGACAAUCAAGAAGAACAUUCCCCAACACUUCUUACCACAAAUAUACCCUCAGUCCUUCACAGCAGAGAUCUAUCUACUGAUCCCGCUAAUCACAAGGAACCUUCAUCUGAUCAAUCACAGAUUGUUAAUCGAAGUAAAGAACAUAAAGAAUGUAAACUAUUUACAUGUUUCAAAUGUGGGAAACAUUUUAAAAGAAAAAUUAAUCUCUCUAAGCAUGAAAUAAUACACAGAGAUGAAAAUCCAUUCUCGUGCCCAGAAUGUGGGAAGUGUUUUCGCCAGAAAUCACAACUUUUUAAACAUCAAAGAAGGCACAGAGGAGAAAAGCCAUUUUCAUGUCCAGAAUGUGAUAAAUGUUUUUGUCAGAAAUCAGAUCUCCUAGUACAUCAAAGAUCUCACACAGGAGAGAAGCCAUUUUCAUGUUCUGAAUGUGAGAAGCGUUUCAUUCAGAAAUCAAGUCUUGUUAAACAUCUGAGAAUUCACACAGGGGAGAAGCCUUUUUCAUGUUCAGAGUGUGAGAAAUGUUUUACCCAGAAAUCCCAUCUUUAUAAACAUCAGAGAACUCACACAGGGGUGAAGCCAUUUUCCUGUUCAGAAUGUGGAAAAUGUUUCACCAUGAAAGCUACUCUUAUUGAACAUCUGAGAACUCACUCAGGGAAGAAGCCAUUUUCAUGUUCUGAAUGUGGAAAAUGUUUUACUAGGAAAAAGCAUCUUAUUGUACAUCAGUUAACUCACACAGAGGAGGCACCAUUUUCAUGUCCAGAAUGUGGGAAAUGUUUUAGCCAGAAGGCCUAUCUUGUUAAACAUCAGAAAACCCACAUUGUCGAGAAGUCAUUUCCAUGUUCAGAAUGUGGGAAAUGCUUUACCAGAAAAUGGCAUCUUAUUGAGCAUGAGAGAAUUCACACAGGGGAGAGACCAUUCUCAUGUCCAGAAUGUGAGAAGUGUUUUAGGCAUAAGUCCGAUCUUGUUAACCAUCAGAGAACACACACAGGACAAAAGCCAUUUUCAUGUCCAGAGUGUGGGAAAUGUUUCACCAGGAAAUCAUAUCUUGUUAUACACCAGAGAGCUCAUGCUAGAAAAGACAUUUUAACGUCUGGACUGAGUGAUAUGUUUUAACAUAAUCAAUAAGCAAUUUUAAUGUUCAGAAUGUAGCUGCUAUUUUACUUCAGUAGUAGUUCUCCAUCAGAAUUUGCAUUUACUGUUCUAUCAGUUUCCUCAAAGUUUUCCCAUUCAACCAAAGAAGGUUCACCACAUUAUUAAAAUACUUACUCUAUGGA